AUGGAUUCGGCAAUUUCUGCUAAUGCAAGAAACAAGAGAAGAUUCCUCAUGGCCAGAAAAAGGAUUGAGGUUCGACAUGAUCAAAACUCCCAUAUUCCACCCAACAGAUCAGAUAAUAUCAUCAACCAGCGACAUGGAAUCGUCGAGAUCAUGCCACAAUAUGAUGCACAAGAUAUGCUGUAUUCAAAAUUUCCAAGUUUGGUCAGAUAUUCCGUGCAAAGAGCUCCAUUGUCUGACGUUAGCAAUGGAUGGACGCUAUCUUCAACAAUGACGGGUUCUGCUCAGAGACAAACAGGCCUUACCCACAAUGACGCCCAACGGAUAAAAAAAUCAGCAGAAGCAAGAAAGAAAAGGAUAUCUAUGAUGAAGAUGAAGAAACUUAAAGCUUCGUCUGCUUCAAAUAACCUCAAUAAUAAGCAGUUUGGAUCUUGCAUCAAGCAAUCAAAAUCCAGAAAUGGCAGGGCCAGCCGAGUGGAUGAUCAGGAAAGGUUAUUUGAAGUACCCAUUCAAAAUAUACCAGAGGUGGACCUUAAUCAUAAUGUGCUUUUGCAUGUUAAUUGCUCAAAAAAAGUUUGUCCUGUUCAUUUUACUACGGUGUCUAUUUAA